AGCCUGGCCCAAGAGCCAGGGAGUUCCUCGGAGGAGGAACAGGUGCCCAUUACCGCUACGCUUCCCUCGUUUUCCCCUAUCUCGGCCUCCUGGUAGGCCUUCGUCGCCACGGCUGGAUUCGCCUCGAAAUCCUGGUCAGAACGCACCCCGGCAGAGGUCCAGGGAGCAGCGGUAUCGGUACCUCCUGGUUUCCCCAGUUCCGACCCUCUUGCGGCCCGCUGCUUAUCGCACACCUCUGCAGCUGCGGUGCUGUGGACCACCUGGGCCUCCGCGCGGCUUCCAAGAUGUCGGCGAAGGAGGGCGGCGCGCUGGCUGCGAAGUGCUCGUGCUGGAGUUGCUGCGACGGCAGCGCCGUGGGGCAGGAGGCCAGCGAGGUCGCAGGGGCGACGCAGCAGCCGCACCUGCCCGAGUUGGAGGAGGUGGAAGUGACGGAGCGGAAGCAGGAGCGGUGGGAGGAGUGCGGCGGCCUUGAGCUCGACCCCGUGCUCGGCAGCGGGGCGGUUGUCCUGGUGGACGCGGAGUGGGUGGUGGAGCGGGCGGGCUCCGGCGGAACCCUCGAGCCGCGCCAGGCCUUGCCGCCGACUGCGUUUAUGCCCCACAGCGAGGUCAAAGCUGCCACACCUGACGAAGGGCUAAAUCUGCACGUCGCUUGUAUCUCACACUGUUGGUUGCAAGCUAACCACCCCGACCCUCACGGCCACAACCUGCGCAUCCUGAGCCGGGCCUUGCAGCUGCUGUCCGCAGAUGGCCGCUGGGCAGUGUUCAUGGAUUUCUGUUGCAUUCACCAGAACUGCAGGGAUUGCGAGGGCGCCCCUCAGCGGUGCACGUAUCAGCGGCUCGAAGGUUCCGAGUGCUUUGAGGCCAACGCAAUCGCCUUGGGAGUUUCUACUCCCACCCCGCCACAGUCGUAUUCAUGCUGACACGGUUCCCCGACGAUUACGACAAUUUUGCAAAAUACACCCGAUCUGGCAACAUUGCGCCUUAUUUCGACCGCGGCUGGUGUUUUUGCGAGUCCUCAUGGGCAAUGUUGACGAAGCCUUCGUGGUUCUUGGUGGACCUCGGACUAGCCACUGGAGACGAGGUAAGGUUUUUUGGCCCCGAUGCCCUUUCGCUGGUGCAAACGGGGUCCGCAGGGCGGAAGGCGCCGGCCUUGCCCGACGCCUUCGAAGCGGAGCUCCACAGCAAGGUCUUCACGAACGGCAAGGACGAUCGCCCACGGGUUGCCGAGCUGUACCGGUCGGCGUUCGCGCAGCGCUUCGAGUCCGCAGAGUGGCUGUACUACAUGGACCUGGGAUGGGGGGACGAGGAGGUCAGGCAGAUGGCCGCGGUGCUUGCUUCGGUCGCCCUGCCGCGCCUGCAGUCGCUCGACCUCAGCGGCAACAACGUGGGGGACGAGGGCGCGGCCGCCCUGGCGGCGGCCCUCCGGGCCCCGGGCGCCCUGCCGAGCCUGCAGAAGCUCGACCUCCGCUCCAACAACGUGGGGGACGAGGGCGCGGCCGCCCUGGCGGCGGCCCUCCGGGCCCCGGGCGCCCUGCCGCGCCUGCAGGAGCUCGACCUCAGCCACAACCGCGUGGGGGACGAGGGCGCGGCCGCCCUGGCGGCGGCCCUCCGGGCCCCGGGCGCCCUGCCGCGCCUGCAGGUGCUCGACCUCCGCUCCAACCGCGUGGGGGACGAGGGCGCGGCCGCCCUGGCGGCGGGCCUCCGGGCCCUGGGCGCCCUGCCGAGCCUGCAGGAGCUCCACCUCGGCGGCAACAGCGUGGGGGCCGAGGGGGCGGCCGCCCUGGCGGCGGCCCUCCGGGCCCCGGGCGCCCUGCCGAGCCUGCAGGAGCUCCACCUCGGCGGCAACAGCGUGGGGGCCGAGGGGGCGGCCGCCCUGGCGGCGGCCCUCCGGGCCCCGGGCGCCCUGCCGAGCCUGCAGAAGCUCGACCUCGACGGCAACAACGUGGGGGACGAGGGCGCGGCCGCCCUGGCGGCGGCCCUCCGGGUGCUCGACCUCAUGUUCAACCACGUGGGGGACGAGGGCGCGGCCGCCCUGGCGGCGGCCCUCCGGGUGCUCCACCUCGGCGGCAACAACGUGGGGGACGAGGGCGCGGCCGCCCUGGCGGCGGCCCUCCGGGUGCUCGACCUCCGCUCCAACCGCGUGGGGGACGAGGGCGCGGCCGCCCUGGCGGCGGGCCUCCGGGUGCUCCACCUCGGCGGCAACAACGUGGGGGACGAGGGCGCGGCCGCCCUGGCGGCGGCCCUCCGGGUGCUCGACCUCCGCUCCAACCGCGUGGGGGACGAGGGCGCGGCCGCCCUGGCGGCGGCCCUCCGGGCCCCGGGCGCCCUGCCGAGCCUGACGGCGCUCCACCUCGGCGGCAACAACGUGGGGGACGAGGGCGCGGCGGCGCUGCACGCGGCGUGGGCCGAGGGCGGCCGCCCCGUGGACGGCAGGGUCAAGGUGGCGCACAACUUUUUCCUGAGGGGCCUGUAUCUCUGA